GAAUGGACCUGACUAGUUAUUAUAACUCUGUGUUCUACCAGAGCUGCCCCUACCCUGAUUAUCAGGUUAACCCUACCACACACAACCUAUACCCGGAGAAUAAUUUUUCCCAGGACUCUUCGAGACUAUCUCCUUGCUCAGAUUAUUCAAGUUCUCCGUCUUCUCCUCCUGCGGACAGAGGAAACAGUCCUGUGUUCUCCACAUUCUUUGAUGAAUCUUCCUUUCCACAAUAUUCUACAAAUAACUUCCAACCUAGCGUAAAAUCAUUCAUAACUCCGGAACUAAAACAUUCAUCCUUAGAAGGAGAAAUGUCAUUCAGUCCGUCCCAAACAACUGAAAAUUCUUCCUAUAGUCUAACUCCGAGGAAUAAUCAAUCUGAACUUGAAUCUAGAUCUAGAAGAACUAGAGAAGGUCGAUUACCAAGAAUUCCGCCCCUGGCAGUUCUACAGAAGAGAAGACUUGCCGCGAAUGCCCGGGAGAGGAAGAGAAUGAACAAGAUCAACUCUGCCUUCGAAAGAUUGAAGAAGGUUCUACCAGGAUUAGAGAACAAGGAACUUUCUAAGUUUGAGUCCUUGCAGCUUGCUCAAGAUUAUAUCUUACAUCUUGCUACAGUUCUACAAUACAAAAUAGACUAAACUUAUUUAAUAUUAAUUGUAUAAUAUCUAGUCAAUUUAUAUGUUAUUUAAUCUUGAAUUUAUAUAAAAAAGUAAUAAAACUUGA